CAUGAUCUCGAGCUCUUUUUCUUUCCGAAUAACUAGCGCAAGCAGCAGAAGUACAGGGACCGAAUUCAGUCUCGACGAUCGAAACAUUCCUGACACUAAAAAUUUAACUUCUUUCCUCAAGAUGAACGAACUUCUCGCUUUGAUUUCUAAAAAUACGUAUCUUAUGGUAAUGCUCCGAAGUAGUAGUCCGUUUUUCGAGUUACGGGUUGCUCGAGUUCUCUCGAGUUGCCACGAGUUGCCGAAACGCGCGCGCCCAAUCCGGAAAGAGUUGCUAGCGCGUUCCCCUGGGCAGCUUGCCACUUUGAAGGCGCAGCACUCCGCGGCGGUAUGGCGAGCCAAGACGCCACGGAGUUCAGAAGAGAGGCGCGGUCUGUUGUCUCUUGGCAGCCCUGCCGUCUGUAUUUUUGAAAAGACACGCCCCGGCCGAGCUCUUCGGGGCUUUUUUGUUUGAGUGGCGCGGGCCCGCGCCUUGCGAAGUGCAGCGUUUUCCCCGUUGUGUCGGUGUCAGUCUCUGCAUGGUCGUGCGCUGAUGUCGGUCGCGAUCUGGCUACGUUGUUUUUUUUUUGCUGAUGAGUGGCCAGCUUGUUCGACUUCUUGGGGCCCGAGUUUUGCGACUGUGUGAGGGCGCCCGGCUUGUUUUUUAGAACGAGGCUGGCCCCCUUCAGCAGACAGCCGCACGCCUUGGCACCCAUUUGCUUGCGCUGUAGUGGGCUUACUGGGUAGCGCGCCGCCUAGUGAGUAGCGUCACAAGUAAGGCCCUCCGGAGUCGAUGCACCUGAAUGGAGUGGCUUUAUUUGUGUAUUUGUUUUAUAGGGCAGAAGCUACACUAGGUAGGCGCGCUGACUUAGUAGCGCAAAAUUACGAGAGCAGGGGGGGCCUUGGGUGGCGCUGCUCCUGUCUGCCCCGCGCAUGCAGCGCCUCGCAGAGAAGAGACGCGACUAGACGCGUUCGCUUUUGGAGAUGGUUCGCGCUCCUGGGCAACGUAUUUGACGCUUCGAAGAUGAUGCGCCCAAAGGGCGCAGCGCCAACUUUUUUGGUAUGGAACUCGUUCAGCUCGAGCAACUCGGCCCGAUAUCGGGCGGGAAAAGUCUCAUUAUUUGGCUAUUCGUAUUUUUCCCACCUAUUGGCUAUCUUAAACCUAAAAAUAUCUUUCGUAGUUACAACUUGGUUUUGUUUAUUGAAUGAGAAACGAUAGCGCUGGUGGCCUUUCUUUUUCUUGCAUGAGCAUGCUCAAUCCGGGUUCCUUCCUCUUCGAGUUGAUAGGCACCCAGCUGCGCUUCAAAAGCAUUAUUUUUCACGGGUGAUCGCGCGAAACAGCAUCAGACGAAGAGUAAAAAACAAGGAGACGACAUACACAGAUGGAAACCUAUAGUUUUUUGUACGCGUUGACCGGAGCCGCGCAUGGAUACAAACAAACAAAAGCUAUACAUAGUUUUUCACCAUGAUAAAAAAGAUAUGCCGCUCGAUUUCUUGAGGAGUCAUGGUUCAACCUGAUCCUUUACGCUCAGUCUUUCAUGUCUGCUUGUUUGAUGUCGAAGAGGUUCCUGUCCUCAC